AUGUCUCAACGCCCGAACACACACGUGCCUGCCGUGCGUGCUGAGACCGAGAAGAGUCUCGGUAUCACUCAGCGCUCGGCCGCAAUUAACUUUGCCUGGACUGGCGAUAUCCGCAAGCGUUACACCGACUUUCUUGUCAAUGAGAUUCGGAAGGAUGGCACUGUCCUCCAUCUCCGUGAUUUCAUAGAGAAUGAUACUCCUCCUCCGGCCAUUGUUGACAACAAGGCCCCUGCUGCCAACCCCAAUAAGCCAGACAACAAGUCGGACAACAAAGACAACAAGCCGAAGGUCCACCCUGUUUCCGAUGAUGACCGAAAGGCUUUGGCCGAAUUGAUCGGCGAAGCUACUGCCCAGAAGCUGGUUGAGCUUGAUGAGAGCAUCCAAGCCAAGAAGCUGCUGUCACCCGAGGAUCGCUCCAUCGCGUUUGACGCUGUCACUGAUAGGGCCAAGCGGGGCACUAUCCAUCAGGAAAUCCGCCGCAUCUUCCGUUCUCGCUAUGAAACGGUUGCUGAUGCGGCGGGCGUCAUCACUGCGACCGCAUCAAAGUGGGCUCUCAAUACCCGGGCUCCUAGCCAAAACUGGAACUCUCGGCGUGACAACAACAACAACGCCAAUCGUCGCGAUCAAGCCCGGGAGUUCGCCGAGGUUGGCGGCGAGUACCUUCACCUCACUCUCUACAAGGAAAACAAGGACACCAUGGACGCAGUCAACACCAUCGCUCGCCUCCUCAAGAUCAAGGCCUCCAACUUUGGCUUUGCUGGCACCAAGGACCGCCGUGCCGGCACGGUUCAACGCAUCAGCGUUUAUCGGCAGAAGGCAUCCAACCUCAUCUGGUUGAACACGCGCAUUCCCAACGUGAAGGUUGGAGAUUUCACGUAUUCCAAUGAACCGCUGCAACUCGGUCAGCACGGAGGCAAUGAGUUCGUCAUCACCCUCAAGAGCUGCCAUCCUCUUGGUGGUGAUAAUUGCUCUCUCCCUCAUCGCAUGAAGAUGAUCCAGCAGGCUGUGGAGUGUGGCCUCGCCCACCUCAAGCACAACGGUUACAUCAACUACUACGGCCUGCAGCGCUUCGGGACGUACACCAUCGGCACCCAUAUGCUCGGAAUGAAGAUCCUGAAGGGCGAUUAUGAGGGCUUCAUUGACGACAUUCUGCAUGUCGAUGAAAACGUCCUCAAGGACGUCUUGGGCGGUAAUUCUCCCACCCAUGGAUCUGCGAAGGAGCAGCAAAAUAGCCGGGACGACCAAAACCGUGCCCGUGCCAUUACUGCAUGGAAGACGACCAAGAAGGCCGAGAAGGCCCUCGAGUUUCUCCCCAAGCGCUUUAGCUCCGAGACCGCCAUCAUUCGUCAUCUGGGUAGGAACCCGAAGGACUUUACUGGAGCCGUUCUGAGCAUUACCCGUGGCAUGCGCAUGAUGUACGUCCACGCCUACCAGUCGUAUGUCUGGAAUUUUGUCGCCACUCGCCGAUGGUCCAAGUAUGGUGCCAAGGUCAUUGAGGGCGACCUCGUCUUGGUCACCGGCAGCCGUCGCCGUGACCGCGCCGACGAUGACGAGUUCAACCCGUACGACGACAACGAUGAUGACAACAUCUACGCCCAAGCCCAUGCCUUGACGGCUUCCGAUGUCGCCAGUGGAAAAUACACUAUUUUCGACGUCGUUCUACCCACCCCUGGUUACGAUGUCUCAUACCCUCGCAAUGAAAUCGGGGAGUACUAUGUCGAGUUCAUGGGCAAGCCGGAGAAUGGUUCCCUGAGCCCCUUUGAGAUGCGCCGCAAACAGCGCGAGUUCAGCCUGAGCGGCAACUACCGCCCCCUCAUCGGCCGUCUGAUUGGCAACCCACAGUACGCCGUUCGAGCGUAUCGCGAUGAUACUGAGCAGAUGUACCCCACCGAUUUCGACUAUGCUCUUCACAAGAAGCAAUUGGAGAAGCUAGCCAAAGCUGCGGCUACCACGACGAAGAUUAAGCCCACGACCAAGCCCACAACCAAACCUGCGACCAAGCCCGUGACCCAGCCCGCUACCAAACCUGUUGCCGACCCUCUUGUCGACAACUGGACUCAUUUCGCUCAGAAUCCGGAUGCCUACGACAACGCCAUGGCUGCCGCACGCCGUCGUAAGGCCGAUCAAGAGCCCCCUUCGAAUGGAGUUGCCGUUACCAACGAGACCUGGGUCCAGACUGGGGUCGAUGGUAGUGCAAAGCGUGUUAAGGUCGCGCGACAUCACCAACAGAUUGAGAACCAGACGCAGGGCGACGUGCCUCGUAGCAACGCUUCUCCCAAGGUUCCGCCCCUCCAACUCGACGAUCCCAACGAGGAUGGAACUCAUACGCCUUUUCCAGUCGGCAACGGCGCGCCCUUGACCGACGACACACAGGAUGCCUCUCCCCGUCGCAUUCUCACGGACGGCCCGUUCCCCAUGAUUUCUGUGCCCAAGGGCGCGAUUCCGACAACCGGAAUUCGUGGGGUCUCGGACACUUACUAUGCGGAAACCGGCAAAAUCCCCUACUUUGGCCCACUUCCGGAGGGUAUCAAAAUGAAUCCCAAUGUCACCACCAACGCCACCGAGAACCAGGCAACCGGCGCCACUCCCAAUGCUCCGACCACGGAAACCGGGCCCCUGACAUCCGAUGCGAUGGACUGGUACGGCACGAACCUGCCCAAGGUCCCGACUGCUGUUACGGACGCCCGCGGUAGCGAGACCAAUGUGGAUGGUAUGGCUCUCGUCAAGGCUGAAGAAGCCUCCACUCACACCGAACUCAUUAACAACAUCGCGGUACCCAAACUCCGCACCGCAUCGGACAACCCGCUUUCGGCGAUGGCCGCCGACAUCGAUGAGAGCAGUAUUGACCCCGAAGCGAGCCGGAUUGCUGUGAUUCUGAAAUUUCAGCUGAAGGCUAGCAACUAUGCGACCGUCGUCCUCCGUGAGCUCAUGGGCACGACCGUGGAGGAGCUCGCCCUCUAA